AUGGGAGCGCUGCGCUGCGCUGCGCUUCAGCAGCUGGUCUUGGAUGCUCACAGUACAGCUGCUGAGCAAAGGGAGAAGUCCGGCGUGAGGCUCGAGAUAGACGCUGGCAGCCGUUCGCAUGGGUUAAUUGGUCCCAGUCUGUGCUCGGUCUUCCCAGUUUGGCAAGGCGAGACAGCACGCAGCAGCGGAAAUAGAAGAGCCGGCACGGCACGGGUCAAGUCGAAGGGUCGAGCAGAGAAUAUAGUCGAGGCGAAGCGAAGCGAAACGACCACAGCUGGGCGUUUCUACGCUACAUAUAAACCUUGCUCUCCGGUAUCUCACAACGGCGCCGCCUCCGAGACGGGAAUGAUCCAGAUUGCACCUGUCGAUAGCUACAGGAGGGAAGCGAGAAUCUGCCAUGCCAUGCCAUGCGACAAGACUACUCUUCGCAUCCACGCCGGCCCGGCAGAUCUGCACCGCACCGCACAGUGCACAGCACUUGGUUACUUCCCCGAGCCCCAGCUGGCUGCCCGAGCCCCAGUAAUACAGUGGAUUAUGGAAUCCGCUGUUCCUAACAAAAUCGCCUAUGAAGCUAAAGUUUGUUAG